GGAGACAGAAUUGUAACAGGUUAUGAAUAAUGUGAUGAAUGAAUGACAAGAAAGAUGAUGGUUGUCAUAUGUGUUAAUUUGUAUGCGAUUAAUAUUGCAUUAAUUGUUUAGAAGGAGUUUGUUAAAAAUGUGAAUUGGGAAAGAUCUUUAUUAUAAAAUCUUUGUCUUUCUUUAUGUGGAUAUGGCAAUUAAGUAAAAUCUGUUGAGAAUUACGAUGAUGGAAAUCACUAGAUUGGAGAUUAAAAUUAUGAUUAUUUUAUUUUUAAUUUAUAUCUAAAUACUAAAAUAAAUUUUUUGUUUGAUUUGUUAUUGAAUAUAGUUACUCAAAUAAUUAUCUCAGGUCCCAAUAUUCUGAUUGAGUUAUCACUUCUACUAGAUGCUAAAAGUGGUGGCUUUUAUUAUCCUGUUUUAACAUCCCAUAAUCUUAUUGAGUUAUC